AAAUGAUGAUAUAAACAGUCCUCUGAAAAGAAACAUAAAAGACUGUAACAGAUUGUACCGCUAUAACAACAAACGUUAUUACUCAGUGUUAAAGACGGAGAAAUUUUCACUAGGAUUUUAGAAGCUUGAGGAACAGUUGUGAUUAAGAAAAAUUGAAUGUGUAUUUUCAAGUAGUGAACUGCAAGACCGUUUUUACAAAAAAAAGCAGGUAAAAAUCCUAUUUGAGCAGACAGUCGGUCAUUUUCAAGUUCCAGACAAACAUUCAAAUGAUCAAGAUUCAGUCAUAUGUCAGUAGAAAUUAAAUCUUCGACAACUUGUUAGACGAGACAACAACUUGUUAGACAAGACGAGGCACAAUGGAUUAGUUGGCUUGCAGAAAAGAAAUAAAAGCAUCAUUCAAAUGAAUUAUUGAUACAGUUUCGCUGUAAUCUGUCACUAAUUGAUCAACGGAAAAUUCAUAUUGUUGAUUUCAUUCUGAAUACAAAUCCUUCAAUUUCACGACUGACGAUUGUUGGUCAUGUGUAAUAGAACUACAAUGUAGAUAUGUUUUGUGACUAAUUCGAACUCUUUGAAAGAAAAAAUCAUUAUAGAAAAUAUGCUGUUUGAUAGAGCUGAUUUGAAUGUAAACUGUAAAGUAAGAGUCAUCACAGAUUAGUAAAGAGUAAUAUCUGCCUAGCUUAAAAUAUGGUGUUUUGAAGAUCAAAUUGACAUAGGAUUUUAACUUAUCCUGAAAUUGAAUUAAAAAGAAAGAAAAGGCAUUUUUUAAAGGGAGACGAAUGAUUGCAUGUUGUUGAAUGCUGAAAUUUUACAUUAAAUUGUGGUUGCUGUUUUCGUUUUCGUUUUCUUGUCAACCUAAAAUUAAAUUGGAUUUUAAUAAGUGAAAAAAUGGAUGACUAAUAAAGAUUUAUAUUGAAAAGUAAUUGAAUUGAGAAAAGAAAAAAAUUAAUUGGAUGUCUGCUGCACGGCUAUUAUUCUAUAAGCACUGAUUAGAAGAAAAUUAAUUUAGAAAGUCUUAAAACAAGAAGAUAAUCAACGCUGUUCUACUGGAAAAUAAUUUUGAAAUUCUUCUUGGUGGAACCAGAAAUAUGCAGAGAAGUUUAAUAUUAACUUUGAUAGAUCAGUAAAAAAUUUGCUUUUUAUGUGUAUUGUGAAAUUAGGAAUCUUUCUUUUUUUCAAAAUAAUUUAAUUGUGUAAUUGUGCUGAAAUUUUGCAGUGAAAUACAACAGUUGAAUUGGAGCUCAUUGAGAAAUAGAGGAGGAAGGGAAGAAAUUUUAACAUUAUUUUAUUUGAUGGACGUAGUUUCGCUAUUUUAUAAAAAAAAAUCAAAAGGAUGGAAUUUCCCGUCAUCUGAAAAGACACAGCGUUUUGGAAAUUUAAACCGGAUUUUACAGAUGUCUGUAAAGAUUUCUCCCAUCAUGCCUCAGGGUCGUCAAGUCAAUGUGGGUCAGAUGAAUGAGGAAGAAUUCGAAAAGAUAUUACAAGUGUUGCAGAAAGAUUUUGAACUUCGACAGAAAGAACAAGAUAGACUUAGUAAGAUCCAGGAAGAUAUUGAAGAAGAGAAUCAGAAAGCUACUGUACUAUCACAGAAAACUAAACUGAAUGAGAAUGUUUGUAUUCGUUGUUGUCGAUCCUUUGGAAUAAUAUUCAACAGAAAGCAGACAUGUCAGCUGUGUAAACUGUACAUCUGUAAAUCAUGCUGCCUCUAUGACAGGGAGAACAAAGGUCAUAUAUGUCAUACCUGUGCUGAGGCCAGGGAAUUGAAGAUGAAAUCGUGUGAAUGGUUUUAUGAUAAUGUCAGCAAGAAGUUCAAGAGAUUUGGCAGUGCUAAAGUUGUUAGAACUCUGUACAAACAAAAGAGGAAGGACUCAGCCAGAAGAUACCACAGUGCUGAAAAUCUGAUUGCUGAUAACGAAAGUGAUAGUGGCUAUGAUCCUUCACUACUGUCCAGUAAACAAUAUGGAUCCCUGCAGUCACUGGACAGAUUGCACCAACAAGUAGAGGGUCACAGCAGGGAAAGUGACACAGAAGUGGAUCUUAAAGAUGGUUUUGAUCCAGUGAUUCCAGCUCCGAUACAGUUUGGUCCAUCAGUGAAACCUCCUCUAAACAAAGAUAUAAAUAGCAAUCAUAAUGAAGGUGGAAGAGGAAGUCAUGAAGAAAAAGAAAGCUCCACAAAAGGGGUUUCAGAUAUAUACAAGGAAGCGUUUGAGAAUGCUAAAACUACAGAGGAAAAGAAGUUCCACGGACGUUUCGAUUUGUUUAAAUCAGAACUACAGAAAUCGUUGGAGAAUCUAUUAUCCAGCGGUGUAAAUCACAGUUACAGCAAUAAUUCUUAUAGUGAUGUUUUAGUGAAUUACAGAGGGAAGCUCAAAGAUCUCAUCGUCAGUCUUUCUCAAAGAUUAGAAAUUGUUAUAGAAAGUUUUGAUAGUACUUCAGAUGACCCUUUAGAAACCUCACAGAAAGUUCGUCAGCUGGUUUCCAGACUGGUUACUGAAAGUGUUGGUGAACCACUCGAUCUGGGCUCUGAUGAAGCUGUUUCAGAUCUAUCCUCAUUGUCAGACGAAUCCUCUGAUCCUGUCAAGUCUUUCGAAGAUCAGCUAGCUCAUGCUGUUGUUACUAAGGUGCUAGAAAAUCAUAGAAGAGAUCAUCAUCUCGACUUUUGUCUUGAUGAGUUAGAUGGUCGCAAAGAUGAAGUUGACCAGGCACGUAACUCUUCAAUGUCUGAGGAGAAAAGUGACAAUGAAAAACAGUUUGACAGUGAAUCGAUGCCUAGUGAUAAUGAAAAAUGUGAUACUGUUCAUAGUAAUUCCACUGCCAAAAGUCAUGUGACUAAUAAUGGCAAAAGUCAUGUGACUAAUAAUGUGAAUCAAAAAAUAACUCUGCAAGAUAGUUCAAUGCAGUGUGAACCUUAUGAAAACCAAAAAGAAAGCAGUUUUCGUGAAAGGCCAAAAUCAGUGAAUGAAAUGGUGCAAUGUGAAUUGUAUGAAAACCAAAAAGACACUAAAUUAAGGGAAAGACCAAAGUCUGUGAAUGAAAUGGUGCAAUGUGAAUUGUAUGAAAGCGAAAAAGACAGAAUAAAGCCAGAAAGGCCAAAAUCUGUGAAUGAAAUUGUUCAAUGUGAUAUACGAAGUGAUGUAGAUAGCCUAGGUCAUAGUGAUUUAGAUAAUGAAACUGAUUUAUGUGAAUCAGAACAAAUAGAAAAAUGUGAAUCUGUAAAAAGUUUCAGUAGCUCUAGUACAAAUGUUGAAAAUGAAUUUGAAAAAUUACGCAGUUUUGCUAUGGACUUGUCCUCAAGGAGUCAACCUCAGGUUCGUCAAGUGGAGGAGUAUUUGGAUGAAUUGCCAAUGGAGGAAGAAAAAGUUGAUAGAACAGAAGGACAACAAGAAUUUUCAUCAAGAUAUGACACUUAUGAUCGUGUUCAUGAUGAUACUCGUAUUUCACUGCCAAGUCUUGACGAUUACGAUUACGAGUACGGGACGAGUGAAGUUGAUCCUGAUUUAUUAUCAAUGAAUCUUGCUCCUAUAAUUGAGGAAGAUGAAGAGGAGGCUGAGGAUGAGGAUGAUGACGAUGAUGAAAAAGAAAAUAAAGGUCAAGGACAAAACUGGAAAGGCAACUGGAUUUUUAAAAGUCCAGCUGGAAUAACUCCAUACAAAAAUGUUGGUCAGACUAAAAAAGUUGAAGGACUAUCACAAGUGUAUAUGACCAUUCCUCAACCGAAAGAACAUAUGUCACCAAGAAUAGGUCAAAGAGAUGUGGAUCAAAUGUCAGAUUUAUCCGAUGCAGACAGUAACCUUAGCGAUGAAGAAUCCUCCUUUUAUGCAAAUACCUCAGCAGAAAUUUCAAGAAUCAGUAAGAAACAUGGAAAGAACCGAAUGCGAACAUCUUCCGUACAGACUGAUGAAUCUGAUGUUGACGAUGUCAGAGAGAGGUCUUCAUCUGUGUCGAAAUCUCACCUUGAAAGUAGUGCUGAUGAAAGUGUCUCGUCUAUAAAGAAAAAAAUGAUAGAGGAAUAUGUCCCAGCAGACGGCGAAGAUCCAAAAUUUGAAAUCCCACCAGAAAGUUUAGAGGUGCCAGAAGGGGAACCUGCCAAGUUUUCAUUGCGUUUUGCAGGCACAGAGCCAAUAAAUGUGUUUUGGUAUAAAGUUGAGGAUGAUCUGGUAGAGUUGAUGGAUUCAGAACAAUACACGACCAGUCGUGAUGGCAAUCAUUGCUAUCUUACAAUAUACAAUCCAGUGAGAGCUGACGGAGGACAAUACAUGGCUAUAGCUAUCAAUGAGAAAGGACAAUGCUGCCAGUAUAUAAUUCUGUCAAUUAAAAAAAAUAAACAAGAACUGAAGAAGCCAGAGUUUCUUAAAGGAAUCCAGGAUGUUGAUGCUACUGAAGGUCAAACUGUCAAGUUCAGAUGUAAGGUCAAAGGUUAUCCACAGCCAAGAAUAUGUUGGUAUAAAGAUGGGAAGCUUCUGGCAAAUGAUGAUUGUUAUAAGAUAGAAAAAUUUGGAAACCGUGAUUAUAUUUUGACGAUAGAUUUUGCCUCAAUGAAUGAUGAUGCUGAAUACACUGUUGUGGCCAAAAAUAUCGCAGGAGAAACUAAAUCUGUGGCGCAACUGAUAGUUGAUACAGAUGUAGUCAAACCUAGCCAGCCUGUCAGAUUACCAACAUCAUCCCAGCGUAAAGAUGACCAACAACUGACCAAUCUGAACAGGAAGUUAUACGAGACAAAAUCAGAUGUCACUGAUGCUGCAGAGGACUUACUCAACACCGCCAAUGAAUUGACUGACAUCCACAAGAGCUUAGAUGAAGUUGAUCACAUGCUUUCAUCCUUUGAACAUGACCUUGACCCAGCUUCUGAUGUAACCAAUAACAACUGGGCAGAUACGGUUCUAUCCCAUAAUUUAGGACAUAGUACUUUAUUGAAUUAUCAAAAGAUGAAAACAGCAGCUGAAAAUGUAAGAAAAACAACUGGUAGGGCUAUUGAUCUUGUUGAAUCUACAGACAGUUUAAUUGACAACAAUAAAAUGGACUGCUUAGCAACUAGCACACCAAGGUCAUCAGAAGAAUCCAUUCAUACACCAAGGUCAAAGAAAGACAUUCCAGAAAACAAACCAAAAUGGUUACAAUUUGUUAAAGAAGAUGGUGACAUUCCAACACAUUCAUUGCUAUUAUCAAAACAAAGUAAUAAGACAAAUGAUUCAUAUUUCAAUCAGCCAAUCAAAACAACAGAAACUGGACAUGUGCCUUUAUCUGUUGACACUUCUCAUCAUGUGACUUCCAAGUUAGAUGAUUUUAUUUCAAACACUUCUGUUAAACCAGAGACUGUUCAUCAUUCAAAUGUUGAUCAGAUUCAUUUGACCGUUUCCAAGGACGAAACUGAUCAUGUGACCCCAAAUACUCAGCCAUUAGAUACAUCUCUAGACUCAUCAAAUAUUUCAAGUGAUCUGAAUGACAAUGUCUUAGAUUCUGAACCCCAAACUGUCAAUUUUGGUGCAAAGCCAGUUCAAGCUGAAUUCUACAGUAGAGACUACAUUAUAAAUAAUAAAAAUACUCCCUCUAAACCUCCACGGAAAAAGUGGGAGGUGAAGACUGAUCAUUAUUCACCUGGUGCUGAAAUUGUAAAUAAACAGAAAGAUCUGGAUAACGCUGAGGAAAAGAUAUACAUGUCUGCAAGCAAGUUAUCAAACCUUGAAUCAAAACUUCAUCAUCUCCAACAGGAAGUUACCAGCACUCAUUCUGGGAAUAAAAGAAAGAUUUCACACCUGGAAGAGGACAUUGCUCAAACUGUUGCAGAGACUUGCCGUUCAGAUCAUGAUAUUGGUGCGAUUGAAAGAUCUGUUGAAGCUCUCCAGGUAUCCUGUCCAGCUUCUCCUAGGUCUGCCGAGGAUGACAAUUCCAACAUGUCCUCCCCAAGUUUGUCCAUUGACUCCGGAUUCUCAUCAAUAAGAGAGCGACCUCAGCCUACUGUCAUUAUUGGUACAACUGGAGAGGACGAGCUACCUGAAAGUAGGACAGAAUUAAACGAGGAGACUGGGGUCGAGCUACCAUCGGUAAACAGAUUGAAGCAGUUGUUUGCACACACUCAAGAGGAGGAGGCUGCAUUUAAGAGGAAAUCUAGUUUAGAAGGAUCGGUUCAUAGUAUCACAGCCAGAACAUUGGGGAAAGAUAAAGUAGAAAAGAUCAGAUCCAUGGCAAGAACUGUCAAUCAUCCAUCUCCAUUGGCUGCUGAAUCAUCCAAUCAGAGCAAAACUGGAAAAAGUCAAAUAACUGUGACAUUAGCUCCUGUUAGUCAUACAAUUAAUUAUCAACCUCAGGCCAAUCAGAUAUUUCCAAAAGAGAAAGGAACAUAUUUCCCUCCUGAUCAACCAAUCAAAAGGGACAUUGCAAACAAAAUAGAAUCUCAGCCAAUUAGCAAAACUAAUACAAGUUCAAAAAGUGUUAGAGCUCCUCCUCCACCAUGUCAAUCAAACCAAAGCCAAACUCCUUCAAAAAAUGAAACCAGUGAUGAAACUACAUCAGAGAAAAAGAAAAAUUCCAGAAUACGGCCUGGAUGCAUAAAUGCCAGAGCGAAAUUUUGGGAGAAGAAGAUACAGGGUGAUUCUACUGAAGAGGAAUAUCCAUCAAUGUUGGAGCAAGUCCCAGACUGAGUAACAUUGGAAAGAAACUAAAAGAGUCUGCCACAGAAUGAAUACACUGUAUCAAAGAUUUGUUACGACACCUGCCAAAGAUAGUCUCAUAAAACAAACUGCCUGAUUAUCUCUCUUUCACAAGAUGGUCUCAUUUCAGUUUCAUGAUUGUCUCCCUUUUAUGUAUUCUUUCAAACAUUAACUGAAUCUGUUUUUCUUGUUUAAGGAAACAGUCAUGUACUUAAUGAAAAUUUCUUUUAAGAAAUAGUACUAAUAUAAUUUUCUGUUUUAAUUUUAACCAAGAAUUCUGUAUUGACAUACUGGAUGAAUGUUGUGCACUUUUGAGAUAAAAAUUACAAAAAACAUAACAUUUAAGAUAAAAGUGAAACUAGACAAGACAGUUCAAUAAUGUUCUCUGCUAUUUAUGAAAUGUAACCAGAACUGAUAAUUUCUUGAUUGAUAUUUUAUUCCUCGAAAUCUGUUAAUGCAUAAUUUUGUGUCGGAUAAUCUUAUUAUGAGCAUUCUAAAAUAUAUAAGUGUACAUUAUUUAUUUUAGGUUUCUGUGUGUUGUUACCUCUUGUUUUGUUCCUUUUUAUUGUCCAUAUGUAAUACACUUGUGUUUCUUACCGCCUUGCAGAUAUAUGAAAAAAUCCUUGAUUAUGUCCCUUACUAUAACUACAGUCAAUGUCUUCCCUUUUCUUGAUAAAUACUUUGAUAAAGAAAAAAAGAAGUCUGGAGCCCAAGCAAUUUCUUAAAUUUACAGAAAAUAUACUGAUAAAAGCUUUUAAAUUAAUUUUUUUUAAAAUUGACUUUGACAGCUCCAUAUCGAAAUAACAUUAUACUACAUUUUUAUAUCAGUAUAGAUUUUGGGUCUUAUUAAAGCUGUUAAAAUGAAUUAAUAAUACAUUGAUCUUUAAACAAACUUGCAUAUAUCAGGAAUUUGAUUCUAAGAGGAGAAUUCCUUCAUAGAACGACAUUGUAAAUUUUGUUCUUUGAAGAUUUACUGGCACAAAAUUUAUGGGCACAUUUUCAGGGGAGGUAACACAUGUCUACUUACUUUUACAUCAUAACCAGCUAUUUCCCUUAGAUACAUUUUCUUCUCUUUAAGAAUUUCUAGCACAAUUCAUGUCCAAAUGGGGAGAUAACAUGUCUUGUUACUUUGUACCAUCCUCCCUAAAAAAGCAAAUAGGGUAUAUAGAUUUAUAUUUUAUAUAACUAGCAUUGCUCUUUAAAGGAACUUGCAUAUAUCAGGAAUUUUAUUUUUAGGAGAGUAGUUCCUUCAGGAAAUGAAAUAUAAAAUUCUAUUCUUCAAAGAUUUUCUCUCACAACAUUCAUUUCCAUAGUGGAGAUUACACCUGUCUAGUUCCUUUGUACUUCUUACCAGCUCUUUCCCUGAAAAGCACAUAGAGUAUACAGAUUUAGAUUUGAUAUAACUAGCAUUUGUACAUAUAUAUAUAUAAAUUGUUACAACUGGCUGAGCCAGAUAUGAUAUUAAAAAUAAUAAUGCAAUAUAUAAUAUGGGUAAUAAUUAUCAUUCUGUUGUAACAUUGUUAUUGUUGUCAUUGUUUGAUAUUAAUAUUCAUAAUUAUCUCGUGAAUAUUCAUUGGAUAUCUUAUCAAAACUUUCUAUAUGAUAUGAUAUAUAUAGAAUGUGCAAUAUUUUAUUUAAAUAAAAAAUAACUAAACAAUUAUACAA